GAAGACCAAAUCUCUGCUGGACAUUUCUGGCCUGGCCGAGCCCUGGAACCCUGCCCUUUGUGAGGUGGCCUGGGAGUGGGCAGCAGUUCCGUCCUUCUGCCGGGGGAGGGGCAGGCAGAAGCCAGGGGACAGGGACCUGAUAGGAGAUGGUUCUCGCCAUGCUGGGGGCUCUGCAUCCCAGGGCUGGGCUGAGCCUCUUCCUCCUCUACCUGGUCCUGGCAGCUGCACUCCUCCGCCCCCAGCCACUGAGGCCUCAGCAAUCUGUUCCUGAAGAAUUUUCAGCCCCUCUGCAACUCUCGCAGCCACUUUCCGGCCUAGUGGAUGACUAUGGGGUUCGACCCAAGCACCCCUGGCCACGAGGGCCUCGACCCCUCCUCUCCCGAGCCCAGCAGCGCAAGCGUGACGGGCCAGACAUGGCCGAGUAUUACUACGACGCACACCUGUGA